GUCCACGGCUAAGGAUAUAAAUAUACGUGGCCAGGCUCGCAAGGACGGUGUCGCCCGGUUUCUAUAGACACUCUGGAAAGUGUGAAUCGCAUCGACUUUCUCUCGCGCUGAGAAAAACCGACUCCUAAUAUUCGUUCACCAGCUAAUCCAACCGACCCCAAACCAUCAGUUCCAGUACAACCAGGGUAGCAACCAUGACUGAGACCAGUUAUCCAAACCCCGAGCAUGGCACCACCUCCCCUGGGGUGCAGGCUCUUGUGGACCAGAACCCGGCGAGUGCGGGCGUCGCCAACUGCUACGCAUCUCCAGCCGUCGUUCCUUCCGCAGAAGCGGGACAAUCCGAGGGAGACGAGUCAUUCAGGCCAAUCAUCUCUACUCAGAGAUCGGAUUCUCGGCCGUCUUUGGUGAGAAUUCCCCUGUCUUCAUGCUCGUCUGGUACUCAAGCGUGCGACGGUGAAGACAUCCCAGACGCCGAAGCAGAAUUCAAUCGCUACAGCAGCGAUGGUAGCAUGACAAUGGAUGAAAAUGAGGGUGAGAAUGAGGAUAACGAUUUGGCGGUAAGAUCAUACCUAUUGGACAGCCAGCUGCUGGCCCAGCCGCAACCGACAAGGAUUGUACGGGCGCUGUACGACGAGAAUUCAGCUGCUGCUAUGUCUGGCUCGACGUACCCAGGGUUCAGCCAGACACAGGCACCGACGAACGAGCACUUCGACCACCUCUUCGGUGGCGAGACCGAGCGGCUCGCCGAUGCCCAGCUCGCGGCUCUGAAUCAGUCCAAUGUUGGACGGGAAUUCCUCAACAGAAACCUCCCAGCCUUGAGCCGACCCUUGACUGUCAAUGACCCCGGAGCUCCUUCUAGCGAGCAACCCGCAGGAUUCGUAGGCUGCCAGCCUCUACACAAUGAGGGACCUGCUCCCCCAAAGUAUAGGCUGGUAGGCAAUCCAGACUAUAUGACGAACAUUGCUCAGCCAGGCCUGCAGGGCUUCGACUACGGACACGUAAGGCAGCCGUCCAUCUCUGAUUUGCUUCCAUGCGCGAAGCAUCUGACCUGCCCCGUCCUGCCAACAACACUAGCGCCUCUGUACCAGCCCGCGUCCACGGGGAUUGACUUCAGCCAUCUCACUGGGCCCAUUUCCCCGGAGUAUACCGGUCCAGCGUUCUCAGAAUACCGCGAGAUGAGCGGUAUAAGACCAUCCUCCUCGGAGUCCGAUGAUUCCGCCACCUACCUCCGCAGAUAUCACGAGCGCGAUAUCAGACCAUCUUCCUCGGAGUCUGAUGAUUCCGCCGCCUACCUCCACGGAUAUCACGAGCGCGAUAUCAGACCAUCCUUCUCGGAGUCUGGUGGUUCCGCCGCCUACCCCCACAGAUAUCACGAGCGCGCCCUCGACAUUCUCGACAAGCGGGAAAAACGGUCCCAGAAGCGACGCAACCGAUCAUCGAAGGAAUCAUCGCGCGAGUCGGCGCAUUCCAAGCGCCAAGCGGCUGCCGAUCGUGAUCUCCGCGAGGCAAGGCAGCGACUGAGGGAACUGGACCAGCGAAUCGCAGAACGGGAUCGUAGGAUCCCAAAAUUGAAGCAGGAGACCGAGCGGCUGUUACGGAGAUUGCAGUCGGAAAACCAGCAGUUGCAGGCACUAACCCAGCCCCAGCCCCCGCAGGGCUACCAGCUGCAACUAGAAGCACAAGAAGAAGAAAAGAAAGAAGAAGCAGCAGAACAACAACAACACGACAAAAAACUCACCGACCUCCAGCUCGACGGACACUCCGACUACCCCGCCGUGCCGCAGACAUAUACCCACAACAACCACCAAGACAGACCCAUCGUCGACCACAUCUCGACCCGCACCGGCCUCCAAUCGCCCAUCUUCCGCCGCGAAAUCCUCAGCCCCACAGCCAGAGCCGGCUACCCGAUGGCAGAAGACCAGCAGCGAGCCGCGUCGGCAAGCAGCAGCAGCAGCACCACCAGCGAUCUCGCUGAUGGUGUCGCCGGCAGCGAGGAGAGUCAUGAGGAUAUCUUCCAGCCCGCCAUGUUCAUUCCCGACCUCAGAAGCCCCACUGCCAGAGCCAGGUACCCGAUGGAAGCAGACCAGCAGCGCAUGGCCGCCGAUGGCCCCCGCGCUGGAGGAGAGAGCUACUCGCAGCAGUACUGGAACGGGGACUUUCAUACUCGGCCGUUGAUUCAGCGCGAGACCCACCACCCUCAUCCUCACUGCAGGUGGAUGUAGAUCGAUCGGUGGAGUGUGGGGUGUGGGGUUUAGCUUGUGGGGAUUGCUGGAAGGAUGGAAAACCGGAGCCACAGUGGGACCCGAAAGUUUUGAUUGAUUCUCUGCCUAAUACAGAUUGAGUCUGAUUUAUUUUGUUUGGAUUUCGGGGUUUGAGGUGUGUCGUGAAUUAUGAGUGUAAACUUGAAACUCUUUGAAAAAAAAAGUAUUUCUAUAGUGAAAAUGGGAGAAAU